AUGUCACUGCCUGUGACAACAGUUACACCAGCUCAGGCCGCCACAACACUAGUCACACAAGCCAUGCAAGCUACACAAGGCCAGGCCACCUCAACACCAGGCACACCAGCCAUGCCAGCCACGCCAGCUACACCAGCCAUACAAGCUACACAAGGCAAGGCCACCACAACAUCAGCCACGCUAGUCACACAAGCCACUCAAGCUACACAAGGUCAGGCCGCCUCAACACCAGCCACGCUAGUCACACAAGCAGCUCAAGCUACACAAGGUGAGGCUGCCUCAACACCAGGCACACCAGCCAUGCCAGCUACACCAGGCAGGCAAGCUAAACAAGGCCAGGUCACCACAACAUCAGCCACGCUAGUCAUACAAGCCACUCAAGCUACACAAGGUCAGGCCACCUCAACACCAGCCACGCUAGUCACACAAGCCACGCAAGCUACACAAUGUCAGGCCAUCUCAACACCAGCCACGCUAGUCACACAAGCCACGCAAGCUACACAAGGUGAGGCCGCCUCAACACCAGCCACGCCAGCUACACAAGCGCAAGCUACACAAGGUCAGGCUGCCUCAACACCAGCCACGCCAGCUACACAAGGUCAGGCCACCUCGACACCAGCCACACUAGUCACACAAGCCACACAAGCUACACAAGGCCAGGCCACCUCAACACCAGCCAGGCUAGUCACACAAGCCACGCAAGCUACACAAGGCCAGGCUGCCUCAACACCAGCCACGCUAGUCACACAAGCCACGCAAGCUACACAAGGUCAGGCUGCCUCAACACCAGCCACGCCAGCUACACAAGGCCAGGCCACCUCAACACCAGCCACACUAGUCACACAAGCCACGCAAGCUACACAAGGGCAGGCUGCCUCAACACCAGCUACGCUAGUCACACAAGCCAUGCAAGCUACACAAGUUCAGGCCGCCUCAACACCAGCCAUGCCAGUCACACAAGCCACGCAAGCUUCACAAGGCCAGGCCGCCUCAACACCAGCCACGCUAGUCACACAAGCCAUACAAGCUACACAAGGUCAGGCUGCCUCAACACCAGCCACGCCAGCUACACAAGGUCAGGCCACCUCGUCACCACCCACGCUAGUCACACAAGCCACGCAAGCUACACAAGGCCAGGCCACCUCAACACCAGCCAGGCUGUCACACAAGCCACGCAAGCUACACAAGGCCAGGCUAGUCACACAAGCAGCGCAAGCUACACAAGGCCAGGCCGCCUCAACACCAGCCACGCUAGUCACACAAGCCAUACAAGCUACACAAGGUCAGGCCGCCUCAACACCAGCCACGCUAGUCACACAAGCCACGCAAGCUAAACAAGGCCAGGCCGCCUCAACACCAGGCACACUAGCUACACAAGGUGAGGCUGCCUCGACACCAGGCACACCAGCCAUGCCAGCUACACCAGGCACGCAAGCUACACAAGGCCAGGCCACCUCAACACAAGCCACGCUAGUCACACAAGCCACGCAAGCUACACAAGGUCAAGCCGCCUCAACAUCAGCCAUGCCAGCUACACAAGGUGAGGCCGCCUCAACACCAGGCACACCAGCCACGCCAGCUACACUAGCCAGGCAAGGUACACAAAGCCAGGCCGCCUCAACACCAGCCACCCUAGUGACACAAGCCACGCAAGCUACACAAGGUCAGGCCGCCUCAACACCAGCCACGCUAGUCACACAAGCCACGCAAGCUACACAAGGUCAGGCCGCCUCAACACCAGCCACGCUAGUCACACAAGCUACACAAGGUCAGGCCCCUUCAACACCAGCCACGCUAGUCACACAAGCAACGCAAGCUACACAAGACCAGGCCGCCUCAACACCAGCCACGCUAGUCACACAAGCCACGCAAGCUACACAAGGUCAGGACGCCAAAAAACACCAGCCAUGCCAGUCACACAAGCCACGCAAGCUACACAAGGCCAGGCUGCCUCAACACCAGCUACGCUAG